GGGUACCAUCUUGGACAGCAGAUUGCGCUGAGCUGAGCUGGCUGAUGCCAUUGGCAUGACUACGUACUUCUCCGUGAUUCCUUGACCUGGUGCAUGCUAUUGAGCCAGUUUUCGACUUGAUUCUUAUCCUUGAGAGAGCCGAAGCUGUUAUCAAGGAACCCACUUUUCAAUUCGAUGGCCACCAACACAACCUCCCGCCCCUUCAUCAAUCCUGGCAUAUUUCGCUCAUGUCUUGAUUAACACGGCGUGUAGCUGGAGGCCUCAAGACGGGAAGCGAUAAUCGAAUUCAAUCUAUCUUGGCUUGCCAUAUCCUACUGAUCCAUAUAUCCCCCUGUUCAUAUAUACCUCACUUCUCCGUCAUUAUGUUUCCGCCGCUUGGGUUGUUCAAAGAUAUUCCUUGUCCUCAGGGCGAGCAGUGCUCCCUGCUGACCUGCAUCUUCUCUCACCCAUCCACCAACUCCACUGGUGAUCAAAAGAAUACGACUGCCCCGGAGGUCCACGCAACACACGAUCCAUCUAUCCAGGACCCUCCGCCCCCCAAGAAGGCCAAAUUACAAGUAGCGGCCGAACCCAGCAAGGGCGCUCUAGAGUCUCUGCCAUCCUCAUCUAGGAGUCAACCUACCAGCCAGGCGAGUUCAUUGGCAAGCGCAGCGCGCAAGCCAUCCCAAGCGACAGACCAAAAGCCGGUUCGGCUUCAAACCGUCACAAAGAAAGUCUCGCCGCCGCCGCCAAAGUCAGGAUUGGCGUCAAAUCCCCCAGAUGGGCCUUCUGCUGAGAAGCCGAAAGCGGGCUUCCCACCGAGGCACGCUCCCCGGGAAAGCCUCAAUCCUCGCAUGCUCACAAAAUCCCCUGCGUCUCAUGGGGUUCGAUUGGCAAUUCUGACGAAGCUUCAUGCCGCCAUGUCUUCCUUGAACAACAACAUGGCUAAGCAGAAAGAGGGCCCGGAGAAGUAUCUGGUGCUGUCUCCCAACGAGUUGAUCACGAUGGCAUUGGAUGAAGAGGAAAGUGUGGCGAAGGACAACGCGAGUAUAUACUCGAAUGUCAUUAAACUUCGGAUAGUGAAGCUGUCGAAGAUGAACCAAGAGGACUGGGUCAAAGAGGUCAAGGCUCACCUGAACCAGCGGUAUUACAAGAUUCCGCCAAGCCGGUCAGAGCAGAAGCCCAAGACACUCACGACAGGGCUGAGCGUCCCCGAAGAAAUCGCACUUGCGAAAAAGCUUGUCAAGCCUCUCGAAGGACUAGAGCAAUUUGGCUACGUGACCAAGGCUCCUACAAAUGAGGAAGUCGAGAAUGCGAGAAAGGGUGUCAUCGAAUCGAAAGGCUGGGAGAAAUGUGACCGGUGUGGCGGGCGAUUCCAGGUGUUUCCCGGUCGGCGUGAGGACGGCUCUUUGACGACUGGAGGGACUUGUACAUAUCACUCUGGGAAACCCGUCUACCCACCGAGAAAGCCGACUGAUCAUAUCACCGGGCCUAGAGAGGCCUACUUUUCCUGUUGCAACGAAACCUUAGGCACUUCUCCCGGCUGCACCAAAGGCCAAACUCAUGUCUACAAGGUGUCGGAGACCAAAAGGCUUGCCUCCAUUCUCCAAUUCGAACGCACGCCUGCCCAGCCGGGGAAAGGGUCGCAGCCACCCGUGUGUUUCGAUUGCGAGAUGGGAUAUACAACGUUGGGGUUGGAGCUGAUCCGGAUGACCGCCGUCAGUUGGCCCGAAGGCAAGCCGCUCGUCGAUGUUCUCGUCCGGCCAAUGGGGGAAGUGCUGGACUUGAAUUCACGCUUCUCCGGCGUCUUCCCCGAGCACUACACCGACGCAAUCCCUUACGGGACCACGCCUCCCAAGACGGGCUCCUCUACGAGGGAGGACGGGGAGAUCGAGCCGGCGCCCCUUCACGUGGUGGAGUCCCCGGCAGCAGCACGAGCCUUAUUGUUCCAGUUGAUCCAGCCCGAUACGCCCCUGAUUGGCCAUGCCAUCGAUAACGACCUGAAUGCGUGUCGCAUCAUCCACCCGGCAGUCAUCGAUACGGUUCUUCUCUACCCACAUCCGCGGGGCUUGCCGAUCCGGACGAGUCUCAAGAUGGGGGGAGAUCGAGGCCAUGAUUCCAAAGAGGAUGCGGUUGCCACGGGUGAUCUGGUCCGGUCCAAAGGAUGGGUCCUCCAGGAUGAUCGCCUUGUUCCUCCACGGGGUACGCCAGAUGAUGCGGCAGGGGAUAUGAGACUUGGCCGAGGAGCCGGACAGAAAAGGACCAGUUCGGGUUAA